UCUCAUGUUCGACAAGUAGACAACUUAGUUGCAUGCUAUAAUGUCAACAUAUAUACACAGAGUGACAGAUAGUCCAGAUUCUAGACAUUCUAGACUGGACUAAUAUUUCUUUUUAAAAAGUUCUCUGUGUCCCAGAGCCAAUGUCGAAAUGGUACCACCUAACACUAAAGCUAUAAAAUUUGGAGGAUAUGGACAAGAUUUCACUCCGUGGUGGGAUAACAUGAUUAAGGCUAAGCCCAAAAUAGAUCUUAAAAAAGAUGAUGAUGUGUUUGACAAUUGGUUUAGUUACACACCUCCAGGAAAAACAAAUUGGCUUUGUGGACCAGGCCCAACAACAGUAAAAGAAACAAAUAAACAAUCUCAGUCUCAAGUUGAAGAUAUUCCUGUGCCUUCCAUCUACAACAGAAAGCUUAUAACAAAAGGUCGAAGACAGUUGAAGAAAGAAAGAAAGGCUGAGAGACAGAAGACUGCUGGACCUAAAUGGUUCGCCAUGAAAGCUCCAGAUAUAGAUGAGAAGAUUAAGAAUGAUAUGGAGCUAAUUAGAAUGAGGGGUGUGCUCGAUCCAAAAAGAUUCUACAAACACAAUGACAGGAAAGCUUUACCAAAAUAUUUCCAGAUGGGUACUGUCAUGGAUGAAGGUACUGAUUUCUACAGUAGCAGACUUACCAAGAAACAGAGAAAGCAAAAUCUGGUUGAAGAAUUAAUGGCUGAUGCUGAUAUUAGGCAGUAUAACAAAAGAAAAUAUGCUGAACUACAACAGAAAAUGAGAGUUAAGCAAAAGAAAAAACCCAGUAAAACCAAAAGUCAUGGUCGUAAAAGGUUCAAGAAAUCAUCUUGAUUUUUGUAUAUAAGAAUAAUAUGUUAAUGGUAUUAAACAUUCAUUCAUUCUUUAA